GUAUAAUCUGUGGAUCUGCAAGGACGUCUUUCUUACUACCUGGGUUACUGGGCGCGUGCCGAACUCGUCUCCCUCUCCGUAUUGUUCCCAGUCGCCUAUCGUUCCCAGUCGCCUAUCAAGCGUGCUCCUCUAAUCUUGACCCCUUCCCGUUCGACAGCCUAUUUGCUAGUAUCUUUUCUUGGUACGGAGAAGCUUCGCGAAGCCAGAUUGAUACGUGGAGAUAUCGACGACGGAGAUGACCAGCAGGCUACUGAAAAUGAGCGCGUGCUGGGAACGACAGAGGCAGAUGCGACGUAGGUAUCUUCGCACACCUGCGUCCAACAGGCGUGCGGUUGGUCGAAGUAUCAGUCCUCGUGGCUGUAGUCAUAGGCAUUUCGCAUCCUGCUCAUAUCGAUGUGGUAAACUCUGGAUUGGCUCAACUGGAAGAAGUUGUUUCCUGGAAGAGAGUAGGUCGAUGCUGUAUGCUGGUAGCCGGCAUCAAAAAGAUAUUACCCUCGACAUCGCGACAGCCUGUUGCUAUCUAUCGAAUUGUGCGGGUAUGCUUGUGCUAUCUGGGCUUGUUACUCUCAACUCUUCAGCUUUUCUGACCAUCUCGCGUCAAGCUGGUUUCCAGAGGGCGAGCGCAAUUCACACCCUGGGUAACAAUAACACACGUACGAGGGCGCUGCUGGUCUAUCGGGUUGUACGAAAGGGCUGACUGAGAUGAUGUUGGAUGAAGGUUGGUGUGUCAUCCGGAAAAGC